AUGAGACACAGGGUAAAGUUGGGGUGUCGGGACGAGCUGCGCAUGAUGACCACCAGAACCGCUAUGUUACCAGGGAGGCCCAGCGCACAGCACAGCCCCAGGACGAUGGUCAAAAUCAGGCAACCUAAAUCCAGGGAGGUGGGGUCCAUGCUGGAGGUGCUGGAGGAGUUCAGUCUACUGGAGUUCCAGAGUAUACCAGUAGGGGGCAUCAGUUACAAUGCAGAAUUCAGUGAUCAGCUCCAUGUCUCUGUUAUCAUUCCCCUCUGUGUCUGUCUGGAGGUUUUUGUACAGCCAGUCAAUCAGACUCUAUCACUGUGGUGGACAUUCGGUGGAGGGACCAAACUGGGUGUUGGCAGUGAUGUUCGUCCCACCCUGACGGUCCUGCCCCCGUCCAGUGUGGAGCUGCAGCAGGGCAAGGCCACUCUCAUGUGCCUGGCCAACAAGGGCUUCCCCUCAGACUGGAAGCUGAGCUGGAAGGUGGACGGUAGCAGCAGCAACACCUGGGAGGUGACCGGGAGCCCCGGGGUCCUGGAGAAGGACGGUCACUAUAGCUGGAGCAGCACCCUGACCCUCCCUGUCGACCAGUGGAAGAAGGUGGGCUCUGUGACCUGUGAGGCCACCCAGGGCUCCCAGUCUCCUCUCUCUGAGACACUGAGGAGAGACCAGUGUUCUGAUUAAUGAGUUCCCCCCUCUG